AAUGAUGUUUUCUGAACACUUUAUAACCGUCUUUAUCUUUCUUACUCUGCAGAGAGGUGUUUUCUAUUUUGUCAAUGGACAGUGCAAUAUUCCCCUCUCUUUCAGAGUGAAAGUUGGAGAUAAUGAUGAUGGACAAACAAUCUGUGAUACUGGAUCACUAUGCUAUGAGAUGGGAUAUGGAUGCUAUUUGAGAAAUGAUGAGGUACCAGGCUUUAAAAGGACUAAAGAAAGUAUGGAUUGUGGUGGCUCAGACAUAGCAAGCUUCCAUUUCAAUUCAGUAGACAAAUGUUCACGCUAUUGUUUUGAGCGAAGCAACUGUGUCGCAUUUCUAAUUGUAUGGGGCACCCAUUGCUUUUUGAAAUAUGAAUGUGUACAAUAUAAGAUUGCUGCUACGUCAUUACAUCGCCUUGCUGAUAGUAGAUUGACUUGUUUUAUUGGUGGAUUUGAUGGUGCUCAUGAUGUAGUGUAUAAUUAUACUGAUAAAGAAAUAGCAUUGAACAAUGCCAAAACCAAUAAUAGAGUGAUAGCUUUCACUGCAGAAGGUUUAAAGUUGAAGAGUGUUGGCAGUAAAAUAAUUUCCAAGGAUCAUAAAAUUUUUGACAAUGAUAAUGAAUCCUGUGAAGUGAUUGAACAAUUUCCAAUCACAAUUAGAUUCCCUUGGCCCACUUCCAAUACUAAUAAAUUCCAAUUUAAAGUUGACAUAAAAGGACAAGAUAUGAUGUGCUAUUCUGCAGUAACAGGGGAUACAAAUGGAGUUGUUGUCUACAUUCCACUGGAACAUCAGAUAAAGGCAAAGUUUGAAGGUGAAUUUUUCACCUGCAAACUGACUCUUUCAUCUCCCACCAAUUGUCAAUAUAGUUGUAUUUGUGGUGAUAAAUAUUGUCAAGCCUUCUAUGUGAAUAUGGUUGAUAAGAGGGGAAUUAUGAAAGUUUGUGAGGUGACAACAAUUCUCUAA